CUCUACCAUGCGCUCCCUUCCAUGCCGCUUGGAGUCCUGCUGCUGUCUGCUUCUACUGUUCUCCUCAGGAGUCCAGGGGGCCCCAGGGGCUCCCAGUGCUGCCCCAGAGCAAGUCCAUCUGUCCUACCCAGGUGAGCCAGGCUCCAUGACUGUGACCUGGACCACAUGGGUCCCAGCCCGCUCUGAAGUGCAGUUUGGGUUGCAGCUGUCGGGGCCCCUGCCCCUCCGGGCCCAGGGCACCUUCAGCACCUUUGUGGAUGGGGGUGUUCUCCGGAGGAAGCUGUACAUGCACCGUGUCACGCUGCGGGGGCUGCUGCCCGGGGCUGAGUAUGUUUACCGCUGUGGCAGUGCCCAGGGCUGGAGCCGUCGUUUCCGCUUCAGGGCCCUGAAGAAUGGGGUGCACUGGAGCCCCCGCCUGGCUGUGUUUGGGGACCUGGGGGCUGACAACCCGAAGGCCCUGCCCCGGCUGCGCAGGGAGACCCAGCAGGGCAUGUACGACGCUGUUCUCCAUGUGGGAGAUUUUGCCUACGACAUGGAUCAGGACAAUGCCCGUGUCGGGGACAGGUUCAUGCGGCUCAUCGAGCCGGUGGCUGCCAGCCUGCCGUACAUGACGUGCCCCGGGAAUCACGAGGAACGCUACAACUUCUCUAACUACAAAGCUCGCUUCAGCAUGCCGGGGGACAAUGAAGGCCUGUGGUACAGCUGGGAUCUGGGUCCGGCCCACAUCAUCUCCUUCUCCACGGAGGUGUAUUUCUUUCUCCAUUACGGCCGCCACCUAGUAGAGAGGCAGUUUCGCUGGCUGGAGAGUGACCUCCAGAAAGCCAAUAAGAACCGGGUGGCUCGGCCCUGGAUCAUUACCAUGGGCCACCGGCCCAUGUACUGCUCCAACGCGGAUUUGGAUGACUGCAAGAGGCACGAGAGCAAGGUCCGCAAAGGCCUCCGAGGCAAGCAGUAUGGGUUGGAGGAUCUUUUCUACAAAUACGGAGUGGACCUGCAGCUGUGGGCGCACGAGCACUCGUACGAACGGCUGUGGCCAAUUUACAACUACCAGGUAUUUAACGGCAGCCUAGAGUUGCCCUACACCAACCCUCGUGGCCCUGUCCACAUCAUCACAGGAUCCGCGGGCUGUGAGGAGCUGCUCACUCCCUUUGCCGUCUUCCCGAGGCCCUGGAGCGCUGUUCGCGUGAAGGAGUACGGGUACACGCGGCUGCACAUCCUGAACGGGAGCCACAUGCACAUCCAGCAGGUGUCCGAUGACCAGGACGGGAAGAUUGUGGAUGACUUCUGGGUGGUGAGACCCCUGCUCGGCCGGAGGAUGUACCUGUAGGGCUGGGGGCAGCUGUCAUCAGGAACCCGGUGACCAGUCACUGCCCAGCCUGGAGGGGGAGUCAAGGCGGGUCCUGACUCUCCUGCCCUCUGGAGGCCCCACGUGGGGUGGAUGCAGCUCUGAUGGAGCCGGCGAAGCUCUCCCGCCUGGAGAGGUGGGAGUCCUGGCUGGCUGUGGAGGGAGGGCAGGUACGCAGGCCCAAAGUGACACAGGGGGGGUCCCUGGCAGCGCAGCCCUGCCCUCCUGCCUGGCACUGACCAGGCAGGGUGCCCACGGG